AUGGCGGAAACGAAAGUUACGGAAGCAGCUUCACAACCUUUCAGUGAAACCAAUCGUGGCACUCCUGUCCAGUCCACACCAACAACACAGCAUCGCUCACCAACUUCCAUACCAAUGUUUGUAAGUGCUCGACAAUCGAUUUAUGGUCCAUGCCCGGUCGAGAUGGAUUGUCCGCAUUGUCAGGCACACAUUGUAUCUCACAUAGAGCGCGUAGCUGGUGUUCUUCCCUGGAUCCUGUGUGGUAUUUGCGUAUUUCUUGGGUUUUUCUUGUUUCUAAUUCCUUGGUGUUUCUGCUGCUUACCGUUCUGCAUGGAUCAAUGCCUUGACGUCGUUCACUCUUGCCCUGCUUGCAAACGCCAUCUUGGCCGUUUCAAUCGUGUUUAA